AAUUAUCCGCCGACCGAGUGCAACACGCGUGCUGCGCCCUUGACCGUGCCUGAACCCUUCUCUGUUCAACUUUCCUUGCCGAACGCCCGAAUCCCCAUCUAAAACUGCAACAAUGGUGUACCUUGUGAAAGAUUCCAAUGACUUCAACAACAAGCUGGAAUCGGCCGGCGACCAACUGGUGGUGGUGGACUUCUUCGCUACCUGGUGCGGUCCGUGCAAGGUAAUCGCGCCGAAACUUGAAGAGUUCCAAAACAAGUACGCCGACAAGGUGGUUAUCCUGAAGGUGGACGUGGACGAGUGCGAGGAUCUGGCCGCCCAAUACAACAUUUCCAGCAUGCCCACCUUCUUGUUCAUCAAGCGAAAGCAGGUGGUGCAGCAGUUCUCGGGUGCCAAUGCCGAGAAGCUGGAAAACCAAAUUGAGAGCCUGAUCGCCUAAGCACCGGAUCCUUGGGAACGGAACGGAAGGAAGUCUCGGACAGGCGAGAGCUGGUGGUUACCGUGCAGCGCAUUAGCCAGAUCAAAUAAGGCACCCUUUUACUCAUCGCCCUGUAUCUCAUGUACCGUAUGUUCGUGAAGUGAACCACUUCAUGAACGAAAAUGAAACUGUCCCGCACCACCCGCAACCCCUGCUUCACACACACCCACCCGCUACGAGAGCUAAGUACUUCGAGAACAAGUUAAACAUGUUGCCAAUCUAAAGUAUCCGCAAAGCCUGCACUUCAACGACCACCCGUUGGAGGGACGUGGAACAAUUUAAACAAUCCUGUGUUUAACCAGCCCAUUACCAUCCAAAUGGCACGCACUAAGCAUGCUCUACUCGAUGGAACCCUUUUUUCGCAAACAGAAUAAGGAAGCAGUCAGAAACGCGUGUGGCAGCGAUUGCCUGGAUUGGCUGGAUUGUUGGAUCCGUGCGCCCGUGCAAAGUGCAAACCAAAACGUUAAGAUACGUUAGCUCUCGUUAUUCUUCUUCACCGUCAGCCACUGUUCAUGUAUCUUCAAGUCACAUCCUCAGAACAACUCAACUACAAGCUUUCAUUAGGCGUGCGCGAACGCUGCUCGUCAUUACAGUCUCGAACAAUCUGCAUCUGAACGAACGAUAAAAGUAAAAGCGCAUAUGCGAAAAAAAUGUAACAAUAAUGCUGAAAACCGAAAUGCAGAGAAGCACAUAAGUGUCACUUAAUUCUACGCUUGAUUUGAUGUAAACCCAGUCGAAGCGGAAUGAAUAAAAAUGUUUAAACUUAU